UUGCCCACGUGUAGUCACUAUUUCCUGUAAGGGGUUGGACUAUUCUAUACACACCGAAAGAUCUGUUUUGAUUAGUUAUUUAAGCUAUGGAGGAAUUACCUGCGGACGUCAAAGCCUUUCUUCUUAACCACCCUUUCCUCCAGUUUACAGAUGGCAAAAAGAUCAAAUGCACUCUGAAUGGCCAUGAGUUUCCAUGCAACCUGACGGAGCUCCAGGCGUUUACUAAAGGGAAGAAAUAUAAGAAACUGAGUACGACUGCCGAGUUCAACUACAGACAGUAUGAACCACAUGUUGUGCCAAGCUCAAAACAACCCAAACAGCUCUUCUGUAGGCUGACCCUCAGACACCUUAACCGGCAGCCUCAUCAUGUCCUAAGACAUGUCAACGGGAAACGCUUCAAGAAAGCCCUCGAAAAAUAUGAGGAGUGUGUGGAGCUAGGGAUUGAUUAUGUUCCAGCAAGACAACAACGGAAAAAGCCCAGAGACCCUGAAGAGGAGGCCAGUCGGGGGAAGACCUCAACACAUGCGGGAACUUCAUCGAGUGAAGAGGAUCACAGUGACUCAGAAGACAGCAUGAGUGACCUCUACCCCCCUACGAUGUUCAGUUUAAAAGACGAGCCAGAAGAAGUUGUAGAGGGUGAAGCACCUAAGGAGGAAGAUGACUUCCAGACAGAUGAAGAUGAAGAGAUGGAGGUGGAGGUGGACACGCAGGUGCAACAGCAGAAACGCAAAAAGGAACAGGGCGGGGGUGGUCUUCAGAAGAAAUUCAGAAAUAACCGCUGGAAAUCGGGGCGUAAGAAACCAGUUAAAGUGCCCAAUGGACAGUAAACAGAGAAACCAUAUACAUAUAGUAUUUUUAUAACUGGUAAUCUGUCAGGGAUUUACACAGCACGACCAGUUUGGAGGAGUAUUCCUUUCAGAGCCAGCCUGACCUUGUCCUAGGUGAACAUCCUUUCGAUCUUUCAUAUUUUCUGCAUGUGAAAAUGUGUCUGUUGUCAGAGGUGUGAUGUUGCACAGUUCUAAAGAGGCUGCUUUAUGUAAGGAGGAAGAUGUGAUAGUGGCAGUAAACACAUCAUUUUGACUGGAUAAGUUGUAUUGUCUGGUUUGCAACCAAGUGUUUUUCUAGUAUAAAAUACAACGAUUUGGAUUUACAAA